AUGGAUUGGUUGAGGAAGCUGUUCACGGGGAAAGGUUCUGCGAAAGCAGCAGAACAAAAAGCAAAGAAGCGAGCGAGCAGAAGGCACAGUAAGCGAGUUCGUGAGCGGGAGAAGGAGCUCCGAUGUGCGAAGGAACAUGAUGGAUCCAAAAAGCCGGCCUUUUUCUGGGGAUCGCCAGGCCAGACAUAUGAGAAUAAUGUUCGUGGUCCGGAUGAACAAACCUGGGUUAUAAAGCCUUAA